CGCGGAUCCAGUUUGCUCCGAGUCGGCGACCGGGACGGACGUGUGCCGUGAACGUUCAAAAUUAUUUACGUUAUUUCGUUAGUGCAGUGCGAGCGAGUGGUUUUGGAAAAUAUUGAAUCAAAACACCAUGGACGACUGACCAUAAUCAAAAGUGUUGUUAUAAGAUAUUAGUGUUCAUAUAAAACUAAUAGUGUUAAAUUAUUGUGAUCAAAAUGGAGUUCAGAUCUCACUUCCUAGCGACUGCAACGUUUCUUAUCAUUGCUGCGUCAUGGUGUGACGGAGCAAGAGACGCUUCCUGUCCUCGAAUCUGUGGCCCGACACUGCAAGGAGAGCCCGUGUGCGCCACAGACGGAUACAUUUACCCGUCACUUUGCGAAAUGAGAAAGAAAACUUGUGGAAAAGGUGUGAGAUUAGCUCCAGAUCAAGGCUCCUGCUCCCGUGCACAGGGCUCUAAAUGUGAACAUCGUUGCACCGGUGAACGUGACCCUGUGUGCGGAACCAACGGACGAACUUACCUAAACAGAUGUAUGCUACAAGUAGAAAUAUGCAGAGUUGGCAUCGGUUUGUCUCAUUUGGGAGCUUGUAACAACAUCAGCGCACACAGAGAGAACUGUCCAGUCGACUGCUCUCAAGCGCCGUUUGAUGGACCCAUAUGUGGAUCAGAUGGAAAUGUUUACAAAAGCACUUGUCAGAUGAAAUUGCUCACUUGCGGACAAGGCGUUGUAAAAACGAGUAAGAAACAUUGUCAAACGACACGUCACUGUCGCGAAUCAUGCUGGAGAGCAUCUCGACCAACUUGUGGUUCUGAUGGGAAGCUGUACGCGAAUGCUUGUAGAAUGAAGGCAACUAACUGUGGAAAGCACGUCUUCGAGGUACCAAUGGCGUUCUGUGUAUCUCAAGAACGUACGUCUGGAGGUGAUUCCUGUCCUACCGACUGCUCUGGACAAAAGGAGAAGCUGGUCUGCGGAUCCGAUGAAAACAUUUAUAGGAACGAGUGUGAAAUGAAAAUGUUAAACUGUGGAGCCACUAAUAGGAAGAUAGUGAAAAAAGUCGAUAUGGACAAAUGUAAGUCGAAGAUGAGUAAGUGCCUCAAAGUGAAGUGUCCCAGUGAGUUCGACCCGGUUUGCGGUACUGAUGCCAACGUGUAUACCAACCCUUGCCUCUUGAAGGUCGCUACUUGCCUGAAAGGAGUACAGCUGGCACACUUUGGCAACUGCACAUUGCUGCCAAGAAUGGAGACCGAUUGUCCUGAAAACUGUGACAAUGCACUUGAACAACCUCUCUGUGGAUCUGAUGGAAAUGUUUACAAAUCAGAAUGCGAACUUCGUAAACUUACCUGCGGUCAGCACGUCGUCUCAGUUUCCGCAGCACAUUGCAGGACAACAGCGCUCUGUCAUGAAGAAUGUCCAGAGACUCCGGCCUUUGUAUGCGGAUCUGAUAACAGAUUCUACAAAAAUGAAUGUAUUAUGAAGAAGGAAAAUUGUGGGAAGCACGUCUUCGUAGUACCUCUCAAGCGCUGUCUCUCGCGCUUCCAGUACUCAGGUUGUGCACGCGUUUGCCCUCCGGAAUAUGAUCCUGUCUGUGGUACCGACGACAAGACUUACUCCAACCGAUGCUUCUUGGAGAUGGAGAAUUGCAGAUCACGAAGUCUCGUACAACAGAAACAUUUGGGAACAUGCACGGAUCCGAUCGCAGAGGAACCGAAAAACUAUCUUUAUCGAUAAACUACAUCCCUAACUUAUAAUAGUUAAAGUCAUAUCAACAUAUUUCGCUUUCACAUAUCGAUGCAUUUUGGACUACGCGUCCACUUUAAAAUUAGUGCCAACAUAAAUAAAAUAAGCUAUCUUUACUCGAGUAGAGACCAAUGUAAAUUGUCUUCCAUUUUCGAUUGUUUGUCAUUUUUAUAUCGGUGUAUGUCAGUACAAAUGUGUUCAAAAUGGCGGCUAAGCGUCACAAAAUGGCGCCAAUCGGAAUUUUAUAAAGUGAUAUUUAAGUGUGGAAUUGAGUAGGUUGAAUGAAAUAGUUUAAUAUUUUUUUCAAUGCUUUCGUUAUUUAUAAAUUAUGUAGUCUAAUAUACUUAAUAUUUAAACAUACAGUAAAAAACAUGUC